UGCCAACUUCCCGUCAGUCAUUUUGUUCGGUGGCUGAUAUUUCACGGUCGACGAUAUCGGGAAAAAUCUUUGUCAUCGGUGGAUUAUUUUUAAAGUGACACUAUGAGUUCUGGAAUGCCUGAAUUAGGCUCCAAGAUAAGCCUAAUAUCGAAAGCAGAUAUUCGGUACGAAGGGAGACUUUUUACCGUUGAUCCUCAGGAAUGUACCAUCGCUUUGGCUAGCGUGCGAUCAUUCGGUACUGAGGACCGCGAGACACAGUACCCGGUAGCACCUCAAAGCCAAGUGUACGAUUACAUCUUGUUCCGUGGCUCUGACAUCAAAGACAUCCGGGUGCUCAACAAUGUCCCCUCUCUGCCCAACGAUCCUGCCAUUAUGCAGAUGUCAGUGCCCCCAUCGCUCGGUGGAGGCGCACCUCCCCCGGGGCAGUACGCUGGACAGUUCAAUCAUCCGGUCGUUGGACAGACACAAUACCCGCAGUACCACCCAAUGGCUGGUUUCCCCGGAAGUGUGCAUGCCCAACUCAACAAGACCAGUGAGUUGUCUCCGCAAACCUCAGUGGAGCUGGCGAUACAGCCUCAACCCACGACCGCUCCGAUCGGAUCUGGAGUGGUACACCACUUAAACCAAGUGAAAGACCAAGGCUCAAUGCUGGAUCUUAUUGGAGGAGGCUCUCAACAGAGUGCAUCGAGGUCUGGUACUCCUGCUGUUGGACACAGGAAGAGCCCUACGGCUGAUCAAGGCACUCAGCAGGUGGGCUCCGUCGCCAGUGGCUCCGGGCAGCAGCGCGACAGCCGGCGCGGCAGCAACUCUGGCCAGAAGCCGCAGCAGAGCCGCAACCGGACCAACUCGCGGAACCGCACGCGCUAUCCCAGCGGCGGCGCGCAGCAGCAACCGCAGCAACAGCAGCAGCAUCAGCAGCACCAGCAGCAGCAGCAUCAGCAGCCGCAGAGCUCGCAGCAGCACCACCACCACCAGCAGCAUCAGGGCGAGACGUCGAAUUAUCAUCAUCAGGGUGGGCAAGGCUACAACCGCGGCGGCUGGCGAGGCAGGCCGCGCGGGCGCGGUCGCGGCUUCGUUCCCCGCAACAAGAACACGCUCAAGUUCGACAACGACUACGACUUCGAGCAGGCCAAUACUGAGUUCGAGGAGCUGCGCAAUCAGCUCGCCAAGACCAAGAUCAGCGAUGCGGAGGUCAAGCCUGAGGUUACGCCUGUUGGCGAGGUGGACAAAAAGGACGAUUCCGGCAACGAGACGGGCGCGGGUGAAGCGGAGGUAGACGAGAAUGAUAGCGGCUUCAUGGGCUAUGAUAAGAACAAGAGCUUCUUCGACAACAUCUCUUGCGAAGCUGUUGAGAGAUCAAAGGGCCGCAGUCAAAGGACGGACUGGCGAACGGAGCGCAAGCUCAACUCGGAAACGUUCGGCGUGGCAAGCGCCCGCCGCGGCGCCUGGCGCGGCCGAGCCGGAUGGCGGCACCACAACCCGCACAACCCGCAUAACAUGCACAAUAUGCAUAGCAUGCACAAUAUGCACAAUCAGCACUACAACCAGCAUCAGCCAUGGCGGGUGAUGCGCGGCGGGCGCGGGCGGGGCGGCGGCGCGAACCGCGGCGCGCGCGCACCCAACGCGCCCGCGCCGUCCUCCAGCGCGCCGCCGCCCGCGCUGCCGGCGCCUAUGCCGGCCACAGCCACAGCAUCGGACGGUGUUGAAGUGGUCGCUGCCGUCGAAGCCGCCGAUCAUGUAGAUCAGGUUGUUGAGGGUACACAGCCCGUGGUACGCCCGAGGCGUCAGGUCCAUGUGGAUGGAGAGGAACCAACGUCUCUUUUUCAUCCGGUUGUCAAGAUGGGUAUCGACAUCAACCAUAAACACGACAGGAAAGUUCGGCGCACCGAAGUAAAAUCUCAGGAUGUGUACCUGAGGUUGCUCGUAAAAUUGUACAGAUACUUGGCCAGGCGUACGAACUCUAAGUUCAACCAGAUCGUCCUGCGCCGUCUGUUUAUGAGCCGCAUCAACCGGCCACCGAUCUCGCUGUCGCGCCUGGCCCGUCACAUGAAGAAGCCAACGCGCGAGGGUCUGAUCGCCGUCGUCGUCGGCACAGUGACCAAUGAUGUGAGGUUAUACACCGUUCCCAAGAUGACCGUGGCCGCCCUCCAUGUCACAGAGAAGGCGCGCGCCCGUAUCUUGGCUGCUGGAGGAGAAAUCUUAACCUUCGACCAGCUGGCUCUCCGUGCCCCCACCGGCCGCAAGACAGUGCUAGUGCAGGGUCAACGCAACGCCCGCGAGGCCGUGCGCCACUUCGGGCCCGCGCCUGGCGCGCCGCGCUCCCACACGAAGCCCUACGUGCGCUCCAAGGGACACGAGCGCGCACGACCCAGCCGCCGCUCCAACGUGUAAUCUUUAAUAUAAGGACUACAAAAUUA